GGAGCAGCAAGGUACGACGCCGAGGGUUGACGUUUUUCUUUUCGGUCGAAGCGACGCUGAACACCGCGCGAAAGAGGUUCAAGAGGUUUUGUGAGCAACAGCUCACGUGGCGGGCGAGUUUUGAGAGAGAGCACGCAAGUAUCAGCGACGGGACAGCGCGAGGUCGAAGUGCGAACAAGACAGGCAGAGGUAGAGUGCACGGCGUGAUAGUUCUGAUAUGAGAGAGAAGGCAGGUGGGCGGGCGAACGGAGUGUGAGGAUCUUAGCGGGGGACAUUGUGGAGGGAGGAUUUUGGCCUUCGGCCUGAACGGCUCUCUCUGAAACGGGAGCGGCAGUGAAGAAGUCUGUGUGUGUGCGUGGGAGAAGUUUUAGGGUUUAGGUGUAGAAAGGGUUAAUACUAGGGUGGAGAGAAGGGGGGAGGAGAGAAGGUAAGCGAAGAUGCCGAAGAAAAUGGGCGUGAAUAGUAAGGCUGAAGAAGCACGGAGCCGAAAGGCAGCGGUAGCAGCGGAGGUCAAAGUUAGGGAGGAGAGGCAGAAAGAAGAGCAGUACUGGCAAGGAGCGGAGGGGCCUAAGAGCAAAGCGGCCAAGAAGAAAGAGGAAGAGGCGAUGAAAAGAACGGAGCAGGCGGCAAAGCGCGCCGAGGCAAAGGCCCUGGCAGAGAAAGAAGAGAAAGAGAUGGAGAAGUAUGGGAAGAAGCCCGCGCAGAAGGUCAAUCAGGUUGCCGGUCAUGUACCGAAGGUCACUGCAGCCGAUCUGGCUAAGCGACGAGAGGAGGAGCGCAAAGAAACUGAGGCCAAGGCGGAAGCCAUGAAGGCCAGGGAGAGGAGAAUGACGGCGGAGAAGGAUUACGAUAACAUGGUGCUCCAGGCGAAUACCAAUAGGAUAGAAUCCCUGAUAGAUGCAAGGAGUGUGGACGAGGCCUUGUCACAGAUGACGGUUGGCGAUGAUGUUGCUGCAGACAGGCACCCUGAGCGACGACUCAAGGCUGCAUUCAAGUUGUUUGAAGAUGCGGAAUUGCCGAGGCUGAAGAUCGAACGGCCAGGGCUGACACUGACACAGUAUAAAGACUUGCUGUGGAAAAUGUGGAAAAAGAGCCCUGCAAAUCCCAUGAAUCAAGCCCAAGGACAGAGCUCCUAAGUGCGCUGCAACCCGGAGUCGCGUAGGUGGUUCCUAGGCAGCAAGACCUUUGUGUGUUAUUGGUCGGGUGUGAUAGCUCUGUUUCCCGUAGCGUAUGUUUGUGGAAGUGGUAGUCGUGCCGACUUUACCCUCCCGCUGCUCACUGCAAUGUGUCCAAUUGCAUGGAUGGGGGGGUAUAUUUUGACGGGGGGAAUGAGAGAGUGAUUGAGUGAUGCAGUAGCUUGUUCCUGCCAAGGAAAUGAGACCCUUUGGUUCACGAGGUCCAUAGCGACGGGAGGCAGACAUGCCAAGAUUGUCCUGCUCGGCGGGAUAGAGGUGUAGUUCAGAGUCUGUCACAGGAUUGGGUUUGUUAAACUCGUCAGUUAUGGGUGCAAAGAGCUAGUGUUCUAGGUGUUAAGGGGGGGGCAAAGGUGACCAAGCAGGAUCAUGAAUGCAACCAUAUUGUGUGGUGAAGGAUGUAAAACAAGGCUGAUAUUUGUUAGAAGUAGGCCAUUUGUUGGGUGGCCAGAUCUUAGUUGAUGUGCAUGUGAAGAUGUGUAAAGUGUGAUCCCCGUGCUGAGCUGGUUAAGAGACCGAUGACUCAGAAGGAAGGGGGUGGACUGUUGACUGUAGACCAUCAGAACAGUGUGACUCUGCAAUGGGGUUGCACUUCAAGGGUGGCAUGCAGUGUGAGUGCAUGCCAGCAUUUUAGAAUUGUGUAUAUAUAUAAGAAUAUAAGAAGACAAUUGAUUCUUUUCUUGUGGUGGAAGGAAGAGGGCAGAGCAAUUGCUGGAUUUCAUUGCGCGGAUGCGAGCUACGCUUGCACAUGUUUCGUGCCCGGUUGUUGGCGAACUGAUGGAGUUCUCCAGAAAGUCGUUCCAAGUAUGUCGGUGAUCAAUGUUAUUUCUGCUGUUUUGGGGGGACUGUCAUUCAAGUUUGUGUGUCAUUGCUUUUCCAAGGCUCAGGGUGAUCUUUUAAGGAGUAUAUUACAUGAUGUUGCCUCCGCCAAUGCGAAGACUAGUAUACUACCACACCACAGUAGUUGAAUGUGUGUCCUCACCUGUGUUUCUUACAGCAUCUCUGACAGGCCAAAGUGCUUUGUAUGGAAAGGACGAUGAAGGUGAUAGCCAUGCAAUAUGUUUAUGCUUAACCAUCUA